GGCACUGUUAUAAAAGCAGACAGACGAAACAAAAAUUUUUAUUUCUGGACAGUUUUCAACCAGAACAACCACAAUCUAGUGUUUUAAGAAAAUAAAUAUAUUUAGUUUAGAUUAUUUUUAAGUUGACAGCUACAGAAUAAUUUAAUUGUUAAUUUGUUAUGUAAAUAUAGUGUGCACUUUAAUAAUUCUUCAACCCCAGUUUCUUUACAAUAACUAAAAUCUAGGCCACCCUCUUGUUGACUGUUUUGAUUAACUUGUGUUUUUGUACUUAAGUCGCAUAGCCUAUUCAACAGAUUUUUGUCUUUACAAUGGUUGAUAAUAGAAUUGAUGUUCAUUACGUAUGCCAAAGCUGUUCCCAACCUUUGAAACUUCAUACAUCAUUCAAUAGCUUGGGAGAACAUACUUUGGCAGAAUUAUCUUUGCCAAUCUAUGCAAGUACAGAUGUCGAUUUGGAGUCGCAAGCAGCUAGUUUAGAUCACCUCAUUCCUGCUUCAAGACUUGGAGAGUCAGGCAAUGGGACCAAUGAUUUCACAUUGGUUGGUGGUGAGGGUGAAACUGGCACUUUCAGUCACAAAAUGAAGGUGACAGCCGGGCUUUUUGAUUUGGUUUCGGGAAAUUCUGAGAUCGAUCACCCGCUUUGCGAGGAAUGCACAGAUGCGAUGCUCGAUCUCAUGGACGAACAGUUGAAACUCACCGAAGAUGAGUGGUCACUCUACAGUAAAUUUUUGAAAAAGCUGGAAAGUGAGAGCGCUGAAGAAGGCAUUGAAGAACUGAAUAACGAACUAAAAAAUUUGCUCGCUGAAGAAGGAAGGUUGAUGGAUGAACUCGCCGCCUUGCAGCAAGAAGAGAAAGCAAUGGAAAGAGAUAUAGAGGAACAAGGAAAGGAGAAGGAGCGAUUGGAAAAAGAAGAAGACAGAUAUUGGAGAGAAUAUAGUAAACACAGAAGAGAAUAUAUGAUCACAGAAGACGAACUGGAAAGUUUGAAGUGCCAGCUGGCGUACGCGGAAGCGCACCUGGAGAAGUUGAAGAAGACAAAUGUGUUCAACGCGACGUUCCACAUCUGGCACAGCGGCCAUUUUGGCACCAUCAACAACCUGCGCCUGGGGCGGCUGCCCAGCGCCCCUGUCGAGUGGAGCGAGAUCAACGCCGCCUGGGGCCAGACCGCCCUGCUACUCACCGCACUCGCCCGCAAAAUCAAUCUCACCUUCGACAAGUACCGGCUGGUGCCCUACGGAAACCAUUCCUAUAUAAAGGUUCUUGCUGAACAAAAAGACCUACCUCUGUUUGGUUAUGGCGGAUUCAGAUUCCUGUGGGACACAAAGUUCGACGCAGCGAUGGUGGCGUUCCUCGACUGCCUUAAUCAGUUUAAGGAGGAAGUGGAGAAGGGAGACUCGACGUUCAAGAUACCCUACAAGAUGGACAACGGCAAAAUCGAGGACUACGCUCACUCCAAACAUUCUUAUCCCAUCAAAACACAAUUCAAUUCGGAAGAGCAGUGGACAAAAGCACUGAAAUUUCUGUUGACCAAUCUGAAGUGGGCUUUGGCUUACGUGUGCUCUCAAUUCGACAAAAAUCAACUGGAUAACCGGUAGCAUAUUCUUAUGGUGUCUUGGAUUGACAUCAAUUUGCAAUUUUUCUAUUACACUUACACCAUGAAAUUUAGACUGAUUCAUUGUACUUUCAUCAGGUUAUUCUAGUUGAAGUUUUGUUAUGUAUAUUAAUUGUUGUUAUUCAGUUGAACUUGUAAAUCGUGUACGUUUGUAAAUUACUUCCUAUAUCAACUAAAUUUUGACUCAAAUAAAUAAUAUACCAGUUUACCAGAA